UGUUUUGGCGUCUCCGACGCGCAGGCGGCGGCGGCGGCGGCACAAGCGCAAACGCGCGCGCGCGCAGAUUUGGCCGCGUGGUCGGUCGUUUCCUCUCUGGACUGUCUCGCGGGACCCGGAACGCCCGCAGCUGAGCUCGCGCCGUAAUCUGUGACAGCUGCAAAUGGACCCCGGCGACAACGGAGGAGAAGAGAAACCGCCUCGCACAGAUAUGAAACGUCCCAAGAGCCCCGUCUGGCUGGACAGCAGCCCUCCACCCAAGAGUCAGGAGGUGCAGGAGGAGGAAGAGGAGGGGGGGGAAGAGGAAAGGAAGGUGGGGGCAGGGUACAGGGCCAAACGGGAGCGACGUCAGAGCCCCAGCGGUGCCACUAUGUGCCAGGUGUGCAGCAUACAGCUCAACUCCGUUGCCCAGGCCCAAAUCCACUACAGAGGGAAAACACACCAGCGGAGGCUGCGGCGAUUUGCAAAGGCUGUCAGCACAGGUGCAAUGUCCCAGAGUCAAGUCCACCCGCUCCUGGGAUCCCUGCCUCUGCCGCGUCGAGCCCUGCAGCCGCAGACCCACGCCCAGCUGGAGCACUUUCUGCCGCUCAGGGUCAACGGCUCCUCGCCACUCAGCCUCUUCCCCAACUUCAACACGAUGGACCCAGUGCAGAAGGCGGUGAUCAGCCACACGUUCGGCGUGGCCCCGCACAAAAAGAAACCCAUCAUCUCCUGUAACAUCUGUCACCUGCGCUUCAACUCCACUACCCAGGCAGAGGCCCACUACAAAGGUCACAAGCAUGCUCGCAAGCUAAAGGCCUUGGAGACCCAGAGGAGCCGGCAGAAGACCGGACACAGUACAUCCACGACAGGAAAAGACAGAGGGAGGGGGAUUAUGGGAGGAGCAACGGCGCCAACAGACUCACAUUUGAAAGACAAAAAAGGCCCAGGCUCUUCUUCUCAACCUUCACAGCAGCAAACUGAAAACACCCAGGGGAGUUCACUGGCUGCCACUGCUCCCUCACAGCCUUCGUCCAUGGAUUCCUUGCUCCGCUCUCCUCAGCUGUCCCCACAAGCCUCCCCCGGCCCUCAGCUUUCUGAUCCGGCCUCAGAGAGGCCACCUGUGGAAUGGUGCAGCCUGGCCACGGGUUCAGCCCCUCGCAUUGACCCUCAGGGAAGCUCCACGGGUGGGGAGGACGAGGCGGGGAAGGCGGACGAGGCAAAGGAGACAAAGAGCAACAAAAAACAGCUCCACUGUCCAACGUGCAAAGUGACAGUCAAUUCCAGCUCCCAGUUGGAAGCUCAUUGUAGUGGCUCUAAGCACAAACAGAUGCUGGACGGUCAGAACAGCAGCUUGUCACAACGCAGGGCCAAGUUGACAUCAUCGCCCAGACCUUCCUGCCGAAUUAAGCAGAGGAUGGUCAGCAAGACCCGAGCAGUUGUUCGCGUAUCCAACCAGCCCUUUCACUGUGAACUGUGCCAGGUGUCCGUCAACUCUGAGACACAACUGACGCAGCACAUGAACAGCAGGAGACACAAAGAGCGUUUGGCUGGGAAGCCUGUCAAGGCCAAGUUCACCCCCUAUAAUAAACUGCAGCCCAGCGCUGUCUUAGCGACUAAAUUGGCCCUGCAGAAGCAGCUGUCCAAGACCCUGUCUUCAGGUUUCCUGACCAGUCCCCUCAAUCCAGCUGCCUUGUGCGCCCUGGCGCCCGGACCCUUGGCACUACGGCUACCGCCAGGUCCCUCAGCCUUCUUCCAGGGUCCUCUGAUCAGCCCCACGCUCUUCAGGCCUGCCCCGGGACCUUUGCGGGCCACACAUGCCCCAAUAAUCUUCUCUCCUUACUAGCAAUGAGCCAAUCCCGGACAAGGCAGGGGACCCCCUGAGUGACAACAGGACAAUAUGCAGCGACAGCGAGGGCAACGUGUCAAAAUAUCAAAUUUGGCAGGUUCAAGUCAUGAGCACAGUAUGCACAAUCCCCCUGGUGUGGAUUAAGAUAUCAACGCUGACUGACCCGUGUCUCGCCUCCUUAAAAAUGGAAGGAUCAUCACUCAGCUGUUUCCUCUCAACGGACUGUUGAGUGUAUGUUCCCCCUGGGUCAGGGGAACAUGGAAGCCAUAACGACAAGAAUCUUUUUGUUUUAUUUCUAAAACUAUAAUAGACAAAUACACUAGGGUGUGUCAAUGUUACUAAGUGUUUGUUGCAAAAUUUCUUUAAUUUUGAGAGCUUUCUAGACGUACUCUGGGAGAACAAGUAUGAGACUACAUCCUUGCUUUUGGUUUCAUAACCAAUCCUAAAUGAAGAAAAUCAAGACUGUGUUAAUCUCCAAAAUACCAGGCUACUAGUUAAUACAGAUUCAUCCAUAUCUUUGGAUUGCUGAUGAUAUUGCAUCUCAACAAAUUUACAUCUUUACAGACAUCGUCUGAUUUCGAUGCCUGUACUUUAUAAUUUAUUUUAGAUCAAUACAUACAUUAUUUUUUCUCUAUUGCUCUGUGUUAUGAGAUGACAAUCAGCCACCACAUUAAUGAUGCCAAGAAUACAUGCUAUAUGGAAACAGGCUAAAUGUGUUGCAUACAAUGAGAUGGUUUAAUAUAAAAUGAUGAAGUUUGAAACUUGAUUUUGUUCAACAUGAGCCAUUACAAAUAGUUCUUCAGGUGAUGGUUGGAUAAAUAAGAUUUUGCAACAGCUUGAUGUUGUUUUUGCAAUAUGAAGAGAUGUACUCUUGUCCUUUGUUUAAAAAAUAGCCACAUUUUAAAUGUCUGGCAAUAUUUAACCUAUUUUUUUUGUACAAAAUUGUAUUUAAAACAGUUUUUUUUUCAUUUUCAUCUCUCACCUGAUUGUGUUGAAUCAUCCAAAGCAAUAUGUAUUUUUUGAAGUGUCCCCUGACUAGAGUUAAAUUAAUGAAUAGUGUAAGUGCAUCAAUUGCAAUAAUGUAAAUUAUUAUGUGCUGAAAAUGUCAAUACUGUAUUCUAUAUAAACUUAUAAAUA